AUGUUCCGUGCUCAUACUAGGCCACGGCCAUCUAUAGUCCUCCUUCCAUUCGUACGUGUGCAGAGAUAUAUCCCCAUGACACAUGACCACUUGGCGAAGCAAAUCAAUGCAGUGGUCAAAGUGCUCCUGCUGGUCCGCAAGUGGGUUAGGAUCGUGGUAGUAGUCGGAGUAGUAGGAUUUGCGAAUUUUGUUCACGCAGUGCAGUGUGUGAAAGACAUCCAGAGUCGCGAGGUAGCCGCCCUGGUCGUCAUUUAA